AUGACUACCACACAACGGAGUGAAAGUAUGAAUGCUUUUUUUUAUGGUUAUGUGCACUCAUCAACCACAUUGAAGGAAUUUGUUGAUCAAUACGAUAGCGCUUUGCGUAGAAAGGUUGAGAAUGAGAGUGUUGCUGAUUUCGUCUCUUUUAAUGAGACAGUUGCAUGUCUAAGUAGGUUUCCUUUUGAGAAGAACUUUCAACAACUUUACACCAUCGCAAAGUUGAAAGAAGUACAAGAGGAGAUUAAAGAAGUGAUGUAUAGUAGUAAUUCUCUUAUCACAAGAGAAGGUGCAAUGUGUACUUAUCAAGUGACUGAACAGGUACAAAUUAAUGAUGCGUACACGAAAAAGGUAUGCUUUAUUGUUUAUUACAAUGAAUCUUCAUGCGAAGUGAAUUGUAGUUGUUGCUUGUUUGAAUCAAGAGGAAUUUUGUGCAAACAUGUCAUAUCUGUAUUGAAUAUAGUUGGAGUCACAUCAUUGCCUGAAAAGUAUUUUCUUAACCGAUGGAGGAAGGGCUUGAAUCGAAAAUAUAAACGAAUUAGCAGCAGUUAUGAUUCAGGUAGUUGCAACCCUAAUGCAGAAAGAUAUUCCGACUUGUGCAAAGAUUUGCUUGUUUUGGCAGAAAUCGCCUCAAAUAGCGUGGAGCAUUACAUGACAGUGAAAAAUUGUGCUCUUAUGUUAACGAUGCAAUUCAGUGGUUCGAUCUGUGAACAUAGUCCACCUUCUCAAGCACUUGUUAGUGGUUCUACUACCUGUAAUUUGUUUAUUGAUGGUACGACGGUAGAAAGUAAUAAGGUUCGUAGCCCUCUCGCGGUUCGAAUGAGAGGGAAGCCACCAUCAAAUAGGAUAGUUUCUGAAGUAGAAAAAGCGGUGAAAAAGAAGACACGAGGAAAAAAGAAUCAAACAAGUAACACAAAUGGUAAACAAAAUAGUUCCAAGAAAAAGAUUUGCGAAGAAACACAACAAUAUGCAUUGGACACAAAUGAAGCUUUGUUAUCUUCCAUAACUAAUAUUCAGCAUGACAAUGUAAUCGGAACUCAAAAUAGUGUAAUUACUCAGGGAUCUCAAAUCAUGCAGAAUCAUGUUGUGCCUCGUUUUUCCAACGAAGGUAUGUGCAGUUUGGAGAGGCUUUGAGAUCAAUGAAAUUUAAUGAGUAAAGCUCUUUUUCCAUAUGGUGGAAUUUUGCCUUGGAUUUUAUUUUGUAAGGAACAACGACAUGGUGGUAUUUUGUUGAUGUAUUUUUCGAUUAUGGAGGAAAGGGUUGUAUUAUACAUGUUGCCUUGAAUUUUAUUUUGUAAAGAACAAUGACAAUUGAUGGCUAAGUUUGUAACCCAAUAUGAUGUA